AAUGCCAACAGCUCUUUCCUGUUUUUUAACAGCUCCCAAGUGCACAACUGUCAGACGAGCUUGUUUUUACAGUAUAACUGUCAGGUGCCUUUGGAAAACACCAACCGCAGCUACGUAACGCGUAAACCUCACAGCGUGUCUCUACUGAACAGAGCGUUCUUAUCCACGAGAAAACAAACAAAUAGCAUUAGAAUCACAUCCAGGCUAUAAUCAGAAAGCAUUCAGGAUACAAAACGCCAUUCGAAUAUGUUUAGAAAUGAAUGCCGUGAAGGAAGUCUACGUUCACGCUGAUACUUUAAGUCAAGGCGACUUCCUAGUGAGAACGCAGACCGAUCUUACAGAUUCGACCGUUCAAGAAAAUGGCGAGAAGAUGCUAGAGUUCUCCGUCAAAUGAUCGUGGACAAAUACAUACUAGUUAGAAGAACACGACUAAACGCAACACGUUGUGCAUAAGAAGCGGUCGGUGCGAGUACAAACGACACAGUUAUACAAGUAAAAGAGCAUUUUAACGAAUGAAGGGACAUCGAUUAUAUCUACAUGAAAAAAAUCACACACACACGUACACACUCAGAGCAAGAGUGCUAGGAUUAUCCUGAAAAGGUGUGAAUAUGAUACUGGCUGUGAUCAGUCAGAAUGUACUGUAUGUAUGUCAGUUAUUUAGGAGGCUGUGUGAGCAGUGGGCUGUGCAACAUCAGAUCAUCCAAACACACACUUGGGAUCUCUCGACAUAACCACCAGCGUUAUACACCAUAAGCGCCAGAGUGUGCAGUGAGCGUACACCGAAGACACGCUGACGAUGAGAGCGGAGACCCUGAUCCCAGGCUUUCUUUUGCUGAGCUUAAGUGGAGGACACAUGGACCCUAACGUCAUUUCAUUUAGUCCAGGCGUUCAACUAUUUGUUAAAGGCAUUCGUGUCAAGACCGUGGCUCCCAAACUACAGAUCUUGCUACCGCUUGGACUUUGGACGGAGACGACUGACUCUGCCAUACUUACGUGUAUCAUUACAGGAUUACACUCCAAACUAAUACACAUCACUUGGAAGAUUAAUGAGAGCACAGUGACACAAAAACACACCACAUUUGACAUCUUCCAGGAGACUGAUGGCACAUUCACUGCUUUAGGGAUCUUUUACCCCACGCCAGGUCAUGAGCUGAAGAGUGAUGAUGUAUACAGAUGUGAGGUCAAGCAAGGAGGAGUAAUUUACUAUGAAGAAGUAUGGCCAUCUCGCUGUGAACAGUCACUGUGACAUCGUGUGGUUUUAUGUGAUGCGUUUUGGACUCUUCGGAUUGUUUAGAAGGCCCUACUUUUAGGGUUGCCAGGUCUGUGUUUUCCAGUGGGUUACGUUCUAUUUUGUAUUUUCCAUUUUGAUGAAUUAUAUCCAUUUACACAACCCUAAUAAAUUGAUUUGAAAAACGCAUGCACUGUUUUGUAUGUAUGUGGGUGGAAAAAUAGUGAACGAGCGUUGUUAAAAGCUGAAAAAAAUAAAACCAGAUGACUAGUAUUAGGUAUUCUUUAUUCCUGAUAAUAUAAGACCAUCUUAAGACCUUGAUGGAACCCAAAGCCGUUUAGGAUAUUAUGUGUAGUUUGCGUACUGCUUCAUUUAAAAUAUAGCAUAAAAUGUUCAUGUAAAUAUCACAAUAUUCACUAACCAUCCUGUUUGAUAUGAACACCUAUAUACUUGUUCGUUUAUGCAAUUAUCCAUCGCCUGCUUUUUUUCCCCCCAGUCUUCAAAUGUCCAGUCUAGGUGAGCCUGCGUUCAUUGUAGGCUCGGAUUCCUGUUCUUGACCGCUUCAUGUUUGUUCUGAGAUGCUUUUCUGUUCACCACGGUUGUAAAGAGUGCUUAUAUGAGUUACCAUAACCUUCCUCGCAGCUCGAACCGGUCUGGCCGUUCUCCUCGGACCUCUCUCAUCAACAAGACAUACUACAGUCUGCAGUACUGCCACUCACUGCGUGCUUUUUUUUUUUGUUGUUGUUGUUGUUUGUUUGUUUUUGCACCAUUGUGUUUAUACUCUACAGACUGUCAUGUAUGAAAAUCUAAAAUAUCUGAAAUACUCUGACCAGCCUGUCUGG